UGCUGCGAAAAUCAUGGCGGUUGCAAGCAAUCGAUUUGCAGAAUUACCGCCCGAGGAAAUACAGAGAUUAUUAGACAAUGCUACAGCGAAGUCAACAGUGAAAGCCACGAAGUUUGGAAUGAAAAUAUUUUACGAAUGGCAGGCGAGCCCUGGUGGUGCUAAAUUCUCGAAACCAAUCGAGGAAAUGUCGAAAGAAGAGUUAAAUGUCUGCUUGAGGUCCUUUUAUACCUCAGCAAGAAAACAGGACGGCAGUUAUUACAAAGCGACUUCGCUAAAAUCCAUUCGAUCUGCAAUUGACCGCCAUCUUCGAGCUCCGCCUCACAACAAGCCUUUCUCAGUCAUUGCCGAUGCGGCGUUUACAGAGGCAAACAAAGUCCUUGGCGCCUUCGUCAAAGAUCUGAAAUUAUCUGGCAAAAUAGAAGCUACUAUUCACAAGAAGGCCAUGACAAGGGAACACGUUCAAAAAUUAUUUGAUAGCGGUCAACUCGGGCCAGCUGAUAGCAAAAAUCCGUCGCAGCUUCAGCGUACAGCAUGGUUUUAUGUGGGGCUGUAUUUCGGUCGGCGGGGACGGGAAAGGCAACGUUUUCUGAAGCGAGAUAUGCUUGUCCAUAGAAUGAGAGAUGAAGGAGUGGAAUAUUUUGAGCUUCACAGAAAAAUGACUCCUUCUUUACCAUCUACCACUUCCGCCGACGCUGAUGACGAAGUGGAAUCUGAUACAAAGAUUUUUGCGGUACCUGGCUCCGAAAGAUGUCCAGUAAAUACGUUGAAAAACUACCUAGCACAUCUGAAUCCUACCUCUGACGUGCUGUUUCAAAGGCCCAAAGAUAGCCACAGCGCAAGGUUUAACCCUAAAGACACCGUCUGGUAUUCGCCUUCACCCAUUGGAAAGACAUUUCUUAGCUGCUUCUUAAAGGAGAUGAGCAAACGAGCUGGGAUUGUGCCGCAUCUCACCAACCACUGCUUAAGAGCGACCUCUGUCGCUGUUUUAUCGCACGGAAAUUUGCACAGCCUAGCACCUACUGCGGAAUCAUCAACUUUUGAGGUGGAGCAACGCAAAUCUUCGCUGCUGAGCAGUUUUGUUACCGCCGGCCAAGCUCCACAGCAUUGCUACACAACCCCUAGCCGUGAUGCUGAUCAAAGAGUCAUAGGAACAAUGGUGGAGAUCCAACAAGAACACCAACCCGGUGGAGAGAUAGUUUUUCAGGUUCGUAAGUUUCCAGUUUUAUUGAAAGACAAUCAAUCCGUUGCUGUGGCAAAUGUUCCCGCCGAAAGCAAUUUGGCGCAGAGUGUGAAAACAACUCCUAUCCUUCCCAAACCAGUUUAAGUAUAUUUACAGUAAUUGUUAAAAUGAGAUUUUCAUACAAAUAGCAAAAUGUUGUGGAAGUUCUACGAGUUUUUGUUUUUUUUUUCUGGGUGAAUAACAGUUAAG